AUGCCAAGCGUAUCAACAAUCAUCAAGGGCCUUUUCGUCCUGGCGCCUCUUGCGGCUGCCCUUCCCGCCAACCUUCAAGCUCGCCAGGCGUCUUCGUCUUCCGCAGCUCCUUCGGCACCGUCAGGAACAUCGUCUGCACCAAAUGCGGCGGCGACUCUGAGCGACGUCGAUAUCCUCCAGUUUGCUUUGACCGCUGAGCACCUCGAGUCGACAUUCUACAAGCAGGGUUUCGCCAAGUUCCCCAUGAGCGACUUCCAGGCUCUCGGUCUCAAUGCGGCUCAGAUUAAGUCUCUCAUGGGCGUCGGUCAAACUGAGGCAACUCACGUCACCACCCUGAUGUCUGCCAUCACCGGCGCAGGUGCAAAGCCCGUCCAGCCUUGUGAAUACAACUUCGAUGCUGCCCUCGCCAGCGCCGACUCCAUGGUCAAGACCGCGCGUGUCCUCGAAGCCGUCGGUGUUUCCGCCUACCUCGGUGCCGCGCCCAUGGUCAACUCGUCCGCCGUUCUUGCAGCCGCUGCUUCCAUCGUCACCGUCGAGGCCCGCCACCAGGCUUUCAUCCGUGUCGCGUCCGGUGCAGAGCCCGUCCCCGCUGCGUUCGAUACUGCCCUGCAGCCCCGCGCCGUCUUCACCCUCGCCGCUCAAUUCAUCAAGUCCUGCCCCCAGGGCUCCAACCUGAACAUCCAGGCUUUCCCCGCCAUUGCCCUGCAGAACGCCCAAGCGGCAACCGUUGGUCAGAACCUGAAGCUCGCUGACCCGGCGAGCCCUGCUGGCGCUUCGUUCUGUGCUUUUGUUGCUCCUGGCGGCAACCAGUUCUCUAAGAUCACCAAUGGCAACUGCAUGGUUCCCCAGAACCUGGCGGGUGAGGUCUACAUGAUGAUCACCAAGACCGAGUCUAUCGCCGACGACCAGGUGCUUGCCGGUCCCUCUGUCAUCCAGCCCUCGUAG